AUGUUGGACAAUGAUGAUGAUGAUAAUCAUAUUCAUUCGAAAUCCAAUCCAAAUUAUAAUCAAUUAUCAUCAUCAUCAAUAUUUUGUGUUGGAAAUUCAUAUCGUUUGAAUGGUAUUGGUGAAUUAUUAGCAUCACUAGCACUAAUGUGUAUACUGUCAUUAUUAAUGGCAUUUCUUGCAUUAUCAUUUAUUCAAAGAUCAUAUUCAAUUUCACAAUUAUCAGCAAAUAAUGUAAUACUGCCAAAUGAACAGCCGAUUAAUGUAUAUAAUAAUAAUUCAAAACAAUCAAGAUUCUUUCAUACCAACACCAAUGUCAAUACAAAUGGUAAUGGACAAUUUAAUCAAAAAAUUGUUGCCAAUGCUAAAGAAUAUAUAAAAGUAUUUCAAAUAUCAAUAUCAUUAAGCACAUUGACCAUUGCAUUGGAUCUUUGUUGUUUAUUCGUAUGUUGUAUACAAUUUUUAUCCAUUAUUAAAUUAUUGAAAACACCGUUUGGAGUUCGAAGGUCAUUUGAAUUUAUUAAGAAAACAUCACAUAUACGAAUCAUUUCGAUUGGAGCUUUUCUAGUUUCAAUACCAAUCUUUUUUACUGGUAUAAUCCUUUAUACGUUUGUCAAUUUUGAUGAAAUACCAGCAUUAAUAACAUCGAUUAUAAUUGGAAUUGGAAUUAUAUUCUGUGGUGUUGCUUCAGUUCAAAAUGUUUAUCUAUGGCAGUGGGAAAAAACUAAAGCCAGUCAAGAGAUGCAACAAUUUCAUCAUCAACAACAACAACAACAAAGCGAAAUCUUCAACAACAACAACAAUCAUCAUUUGUUUAUGGAAAUGGACAGAUAAACAAUAACAAUACAAUCAAUAAUAAUAAUACAUUAUCAUCAAUAUAUCAGCCGGCUGAAUUAUCGACAUUAGUCUGAUGAUUUAUAUUUUGUUUUCAUUUGAAACCAAAACUAAAUUUAGUCAUUGUUGUUGUUUUGAAAAUUGAAUUCCAAAGAAUUUAAUGACUAUUAAUGUUUUAUUUCCUCUUAUCACUACUACAUACGUAUUACAAC